AUGUCUGUCGUCAACACAUUCCAGGCUGCUUCGGCCUUCUCAGCCGUCAUCCAGCCAGCCGUGUCCAUGGUCAAUCCUGCACAGAACCUCGUCCUGGCCGACUGCGGCAUUGGCACCAACCCUCUAAACCAGUCCUGGUCUACCUCUCGCCAGAUGAACUGGUACCGAGGCCCCAUCUGGUCCUCGCCCGACGAGACAGAUCCCGCCUCUCCUGACCUGGUCGUCGAGAUGCCUUACAGCGACGGCAAGUAUCCUUGGAACUUCGAAGGUGCUUCUGCCACCUUCUCCAACGGCGAGACUUGGUCCGCCUGGAUUGAGGACGGCACUCCAGAGCCACUCCGUGCCGGCAAGGCCUUGAGCACAAAGGAUGGUGGUACCACUCUCUGGUGCUACACCUACCGCGGACGACCCGUCAGUGCCAGUGCCUCUAGUGCCACAUCCUGCGUCUCGGCUUUCGUCUGUAACCACCGGGAAGAUGGCCCCACGUCCUGGUCUGUUGGUGCUCCUGUUGACAACGGCACCGUCCUCGCUACCCCCCCUUCUCCAGCUGCCAACGUCUCCAUCGGUGGAGUGUUGGGUAUCAAGGUUGAUGCAAGCCCCCGUUCUGCCGUCUGGUACGGUACCAUCGACCACUUCCUCAGCAGCAUCAUCUUCACCACCGAAGGCAUCUGCAGCCCCAAUCCCUUCGCCAAUCGCAGGAACUCGUCCGUCACUGCGCGGUGCCAAGGCUCCUACGGCACUCCUCUCAACAUACUUCCGAUUCUCUUCAACGUCUUCAAGAAUCUCGGUUCCCUGCCAGCCCCAGAUGGCUUGUUUGUUCACAAUUUCGGAGCCGCCCCCUUUGCCAACGACACCUCGGAUGAUACCGUCGUGCUCCCUGCAACCUUCAAUCUCACUGUCUCCGACUCGACGAGCGGCGAGGUCAAGGGAUACAUGGGCUACGAGAUGAAGUGGCCGGAGCCUGAGCUCGGUAUUCACUGCAGCGAGUGCAAUAACACCAAGUUCAACGAGAACUACAACACCGCCAUCGCUUCAGCCUUCCAGGCUCUCCAACCUAUCUACUCUGAAGUCAUCAUCGAGAGCAGAUGCACCUUGGAUGUUCUCUGCUGGUAG